AUGCUGCAGAAGGCGAAGGGGCAUUCCCUCGCCGCUCUACGGGUCGACGCCACCUCGCAGCAGCUGCAGGACCAUGUGGCGCAGUACCUCCAGCGCCAGGCCCACCUCACAGGCAGCCGUGUGCUGUCGUUGCUGGCUGCGCGCGUGCGCGAGGACCCGUUCGGUAAGGUGAAGAAGUUGAUCAAGGACCUCAUCGUGCGCCUGAUGGAGGAGGCCACGGCCGAGGCGGAGCACAAGGGCUGGUGCGACACCGAGCUUGCCACCAACGAGCACACGCGCAAAGAGAAGACCGCGGCGGUGAUGAUGCUGCACGCGGAGAUCGACGAGCUGUCGGCGUCGAUCGCAAAGGAGACGCAGGAGAUCGCCGAGCUCGUCGCCGGCAUCGCGGAUCUCGACAAGGCCAUGGCCGAGGCCACCGACCUCCGCAAGUCCGAGAAGGAGAAGAACGAGGAGACCAUCGCCGACGCGCAGGAAGCGCAGACCGCCGUGGCCCAGGCCCUGACGGUCCUCAAGGACUUCUAUUCGAAAGCUUCGGAGGCGACGGCGCUGCUCCAGCAGGGGCAGCAGCCGACUCCGCCGCCGAUCUUCGACUCGCCGUACAAGGGCAUGGGCGACGAGGCCGGCGGCGUGGUGGGCAUGCUGGAGGUGAUCGAGUCCGACUUCGCCCGCCUGGAGGCCGACACCAAGGCGGCGGAGGCCGCGGCGCAGAAGGAGUACGACACCUUCAUCACGGACUCCAGGGUCGACAAGGAGGGCAAGGAGACGGACGUCGAGCACAAGACGGCCAAGAAGGGGGCCGAGGAGCAGGCCCUCUCCAGCGCGCAGUCGGACCUCGAGGGCACCCAGAAGGAGCUGGACGCCGCGCUGGCUUAUUUCGACAAGCUCAAGCCCUCCUGCGUCUCGGAGGGCGUCGACUACGACGCGCGCGUGCAGCGCCGCCAGGAGGAGAUCGAGUCGCUCCAGGAGGCACUGAGGAUCCUCAACGGCAAGGAGAUAGCGUGA